GGCUUGCUGCUCUCCGGGCUACCAGGAGCUCCCACAACAUCUGGCGUGUAAUCGUCUGGACCAUCCUCUCCAUGUUCACGCGGAUAGCCUGCAUCGCCAGGGUAGCCUCCAGGGUAGCCAGGAUAGCCGCCGGGCUGACCGGGGUUUCCAUGGGGAUAGCCAGGGUAUGGCUUACUGCUCUCCGGGCUGCCAGGAGCUCCCACAACGUCCGGGAUGGAAUCGUUUGGGCCAUCCUCUCCAUGUUCACGUGGAUAACCUGCAUAGCCAGGGUAGCCUCCGGGGUAGUCAGGAUAUCCGCCGGGCUGACCGGGGUUUCCUUCGGGAUAACCAGGGUAUGGCUUGCUGCUCUCCGGGCUGCCAGGAGCGCCCACAACGUCCGGCGUGGAAUCGUUUGGACCAUCCUCUCCAUGUUCACGUGGAUAGCCUGCAUAGCCAGAGUAGCCUCCGGGGUAGCCAGGAUAACCGCCGGACUGAUCGGGGUUUCCAUGGGGGUAGCCAGGGUAUGGCUUGCUGCUCUCCGGGCUGCCAGGAGCUCCUACAACAUCUGGCGUGGAAACGUCUGGACCAUCCUCUCCAUGUUCGCGUGAAUAACCUGCAUAGCUAGGGUAGCCUUCGCUCGGGUUCGACAAUGGCUCUCCUGCGAUCGUGACAGUGGUUGAUUCAGCGCUCGUGGUGGUAAGGACCGUAGGGUCUACUGGAGCUUACGCGCAAUAGGGUUAGCGGCAAGCAAUCGUCAGGCUGGCAUUUGCUCACCAGCAUGUGCGCAGGGGAAGACC